UAUUAUCCUAUGAAACAACCAGGAAGUGUGGCGCGAUAAAUCCUAAAUAAGUAAAUAAUCCUUUUACCUGAGGAGGAGAAUGGGGAUUAAAAUGUGUUUAAAGUAGGACAUAGCUGUUUUUCGUGGUUAUUGCGGAAAAUUUUGUUUACUGCAUUAAAGUUAAAAGGAGCUACAUAGAACUCCUUCUCAAGUUUUAGUGUAGCCAGUAGUUAACGUGCAAUGGGUUGCUGUGGCAGCAAAGAGGGAUCAAAACGAAAAUGGAAACCUUUAAAGGAUAGGAGUUGUACAGACAUUCCAUGGCUACUGAUCUUUGUUCUUUUCUGUGUUGGAAUGGGAUUAAUCUGUGGAUUUACAAUUGCAACUGGAGCAGCAGCAAGGCUAGUGUCUGGUUAUGACAGUUAUGGAAACAUCUGUGGUCAGAAGAAUACACAAGUAGAAGGAAUAGAAUACAGUGGGCUCGAUCAGACGAAAAAUAAAUAUGUCUUCUUCUUAGAUCCAUGCAACCUUGACAUAGUUAAUAGAAGAAUCAAAUCAGUUGCUUUGUGUGUGUCAGGAUGUCCAAGUACAGAGUUAAAAACUUUAAAAGAAGUGCAAGAAUUUGCAAAAAACAACGGGUCAAAACUCUGCGCCUAUCAACUAGAGGUUUCUAAAUAUACCACUGACCCAGAGUCCGCCAAGUUAUGCCCAAAACUUGCUGUGCCACCAAGCAAGUCGAUCCCACUGUUCCAUCGCUGCAUCCCGGUUGACGUCUCUUGCUAUGCCAACUUUGCUGAGGCCUUGAUCACCUUCGUUAGUGACAACAGUGUUCUGCACAGGCUUAUCAGUGGAGUCAUGACCAGCAAAGAAAUAAUAAUAGGACUCUGCUUUCUAUCACUAGUUCUGUCCAUGAUUCUAAUGGUCGUCAUUCGAUAUAUCUCUACAGUACUUGUUUGGGUAUUAACUGUUUUAGUGGUUCUUGGAUCAGUUGGAGCCACAGGUGUUCUUUGGUGGUUAUAUGUGGAUCACAGGAAGUCCUUGACUGAUGAACUUCCAGCAGAUCAACUUAAACUAUCCAGAGAUAAUGUUCAGGCUCUCCUGGUUUAUGCAAUUGCUGCUACAGUUUUCACGGUGAUCCUGUUGAUGUUAAUAAUGCGUAAAAGAGUGGCUCUUACAAUUGCGCUGUUUCAUGUGGCCGGAAAAGUUUUUAUCCACCUUCCGCUGCUUGUGUUCCAGCCAUUUUGGACAUUUUUGGCUUUAAUAUUCUUCUGGAGUUACUGGGUUAUGGUUUUACUCUUCCUGGGAACUGCAGGAGAUCCUGUUAAGAACAAACAAGGCUUUGUAGAAUUCAAACUGUCUGGCCCUUUGCAGUACAUGCCUUGGUAUCAUUUUGUUGGUUUGAUCUGGAUAAGCGAGUUCAUUCUAGCUUGUCAGCAGAUGACAGUGGCUGGUGCUGUUGUAACAUAUUAUUUUACAAGGGAUAAAGCAAAUCUUACCCUUCCUAUACUCACAUCUGUGUUUCGGCUCCUUCGUUACCAUAUUGGUACAGUGGCUAAAGGCUCCUUCAUCAUCACAUUAGUAAAGAUUCCUCGAUUGAUACUCAUGUACAUUCACAGCCAGCUGAAAGGAAAAGAAAAUGCUUGUGCCCGUUGCAUUUUGAAAACUUGCAUCUGCUGCUUGUGGUGCUUAGAGAAGUGCCUAAAUUGUUUAAACCAGAAUGCAUAUGCAGCCACAGCUAUCAACAGUACACAUUUCUGUACCUCUGCCCGAGACGCACUUGUAAUUCUGGUGGAGAAUGUAUUGAGAGUUGCUGCUAUCAAUACUGUUGGAGAUUUUGUACUGUUUCUAGGAAAGGUUUUAAUAGUGUGCACCACAGGCUUUGCAGGUGUAUUGGCUCUGAACUACCAGCAGGAUUAUACAGUCUGGGUGCUCCCUCUUAUUAUCGUGUGUUUCUUUGCUUUCCUGGUUGCCCACUGCUUCCUGUCCAUAUUUGAAAUGGUGGUGGAUGUGCUUUUCCUGUGUUUUGCUAUUGAUACAAAAUACAAUGAUGGGACUCCUGGUAAAGAGUACUACAUGGAUAAGGCUCUUAUGGAAUUUGUGGAAAAUAGUAAAAGAUCAAUGAAAGACAGAAGCCGGGGGGGCAGACCAGACACCGCUGCUGGCAGAGAACUUAAGCCAAUGGCCACUGGAGCAAGUUCAGCUUAACCAAAACCACCUUAUGGAACUUGUAGACAUUCCAAAUGAUUGUUGUUGCUGUUUUUUUUUUUUACUAUGGUUUCACCCCAGGGAAUACACAUUUUUAUAAUAAGAAUAUUUACAGUACUUAAUAACAUAGUAGCACUUUAUAUAUCAGGUUCUUCAUAGUAUCACUGCUGGUGGAUUUUAGUACAGUUUUGUUGUUGUAUGACCUGAAGCAAAAUAAAAUCUAUAUAUUUACA